GCCAUGGCUUCCAGGACGCACUCUGAGGUCCCACUGAAGUCUCGGUUCUGUGUUGGAGCUGAAAGCCGUACUGAUCACCCACGUCUGGUUUUGAUGUUCUUUGCCAUUGUGUUACUGGCUUGUCUUGAAGCUGCCAAGCUCACUGUGGGACUCCAUGCUCCCUGGAACAUUUCUCAUCCAUUUAGUGCUCAAAGGCUGGGGGCAGGCCUCCAGAUUGCUAUGGACAAGCUCAACUCAGAGCCAGUGGGCCUUGGGAACCUGAGCUGGGAGUUCACGUACACCCACUCAGCAUGCAGCACCAAGGAGUCCCUGGCAGUUUUCAUCAACCAGGUUCAGAGAGAACACAUUUCUGCUCUGUUUGGACCAGCAUGCCCAGAAGCAGCAGAGGUGAUCGGUUUGCUGGCCGCUGAGUGGAACAUCCCCGCAUUCGACUUUGCUGGGCGAAUGGCAGCACUGGAGGACCACUUCUGGUGUGGGACCUGCGUGACCCUUGUGCCACCCAGGCAGGAAAUUGUUUCUGUGCUGCAGGAAAGCCUACGGUACCUGGGCUGGGAAGACAUUGGGGUGUUUGGAGGCUCCGCUGGGGCUUCCUCCGGUGAUGGAGUGGAUGAGCUGUGGGAGGCUGUUGAGGGUGGACUCCAGUGGCAUUUCACCGUCACUGCCAGCAUGAGGUACAGAAACAGCAGCCCAGACCUUCUGCAGGAAGACCUCAGAAGCAUAUCAUCUGUUGCCAGGGUUAUCAUCCUAAUAUGCAGCUCAGAGGACACAAGGCGCAUUCUGCAGGCUGCAGAGAACCUGGAACUCAACACUGGAGAAUUUGUUUUCAUCGUUUUACAGCAGUGGGAGGACAGUUUUUGGAAAGAAGCACUGACAAAUGACAAGGCGACAGGUUUCCCCAAAGUCUAUGAGUCAGUGUUUGUCAUCGCCCCCAGCUCCUAUGGAGAAGGCACUGGAGAUGGUGGCUUCCGGAAACAAGUCUACCACAGGUUGAAGAGGCCACCCUUCCAAAGCUCCAUCACCACAGAGGAUCAGGUGAGCCCUUACUCUGCCUACCUCCACGACGCCCUCCUACUCUACGCUCAGACUGUGGAGGAGAUGAUCAAGGCUGAGAAAGACUUCUGGGAUGGGCGGCUGCUGGUUAGCACCCUGAGGACUGGCCAGAUCACACUGCAGGGAAUCUCUGGCCCUGUGCUUUUGGACUCCCAGGGGAGAAGGCACCUGGAUUACUCAGUCUAUGCUCUACAGAAAUCUGGGAACAGAUCCCUUUUUCUCCCUUUUCUUCAUUACGACGCUUUUCAGAAAGUGAUCAGGCCCUGGAGGAAUGACUCUGAUGCCUCUUGGCUCCAUGGCUCCCCUCCCGAAGACAGGCCUGGCUGUGGAUUUCAUAACAAGCUUUGCAAAACGGAGCCUCCUGCUGUAACAGGCACGCGUGACCCUGAGCCUCUGGUGAUUCUCACAGUGACACUCCUGGUUCUUGCCACAGUGGCUGCCGUUACAGGGCUGGUGUUAUGGAUGUUGAGAAGAGAAGCACAGAGUCAUCACGGGAACACCCGUUGGCAGAUCCGUUAUGACAGCAUCACUGUUCUGCCCCAGCACAAGCCACCCCAACGAGGCACACCUGUGUCGAGGUGCGACGUUAGUAACGCUUCUACUGUGACGAGUUCUGCAGACUGCAGCUCUUUUGCCAAGAGCCAACGGGACGAAGAGAUGUUUUAUGCCCCUGUGGGACUUUAUCAGGGAAAUCGAGUGGCCCUCUGCUAUAUUGCUGAUGAAGCAGAAUCAUGGCUUAGGAAGCCAACUGUGCUGCAGGAAAUCUGGCUGAUGUGUGAGUUAAAGCACGAAAACAUCGUCCCCUUCUUUGGGGUUUGCACGGAACCACCUAACAUCUGCAUUGUCACACAGUAUUGCAAAAAAGGAAGUCUGAAGGAUGUCUUGAGAAACACAGAUCAUGAGAUGGAUUGGAUUUUCAAGCUCUCAUUUGCAUAUGACAUAGUCAACGGCAUGCUCUUCCUCCACGGGAGCCCACUGAGGUCUCACGGCAACCUGAAGCCUUCCAACUGCCUGGUCGACGGCCGCAUGCAAGUGAAGCUGUCGGGAUUUGGGCUGUGGGAGUUCAAGCACGGCUGUACACACAGGAUCUACAACCAGGAGACCACCGACCAUUCAGAACUCUACUGGACAGCCCCAGAGCUGUUGCGGCUCCAGGAGCUGCCCUGGCCUGGCACCCCACAAGGAGAUGUUUACAGCUUUGCCGUUCUCAUGAGGGACUUGAUCCACCAGCAGGCCCAUGGGCCCUUUGAUGACCUUGAGGAGGCUCCUGAGGAAAUCAUCAGCCGCAUCAAAGACCCCAGGGGACCAGCUCCGCUUCGACCAACCCUGCUGGGGGAGAAAGGAGACGAAAGGAUUGCCCUCCUGGUGAGGGCCUGCUGGGAUGAGUCUCCAGAGCAAAGGCCAACCUUCCCUGCCGUCAAGAAGGCCUUGCAAGAAGUCAGUCCCAGGGGCUGUGUAAGCCUCUUGGAUAGCAUGAUGGGCAAGCUAGAAAUGUACGCCAGUCACCUGGAGGAAGUGGUGGACGAGCGGACCCACCAGCUGGCGACAGAGAAGAGGAAGGUGGAGAAACUCCUGUCCACCAUGUUGCCCAGCUUCGUUGGAGAGCAGCUCAUAGCUGGAAAGUCGGUAGAGCCAGAGCAUUUUGAGUCCGUCACCAUCUUUUUCUCUGACAUCGUGGGAUUCACAAAACUGUGCUCUCUCAGCUCCCCCUUGCAAGUGGUGAAGCUACUCAACGACUUGUACAGCGUGUUCGAUCACACAAUACAAAGCCAUGAUGUGUACAAGGUUGAAACCAUCGGAGAUGCGUACAUGGUGGCCAGUGGGGUACCCAUUCGCAACGGAGCCCAGCAUGCAGAUGAGAUCGCCACCAUGGCCAUGCGUUUGCUCUGCGCCACCACGCACUUCCGGAUCGGUCACAUGCCUGAGGAGAGACUCAAGCUCCGGAUAGGCCUCCACACAGGUCCUGUGGUGGCCGGUGUGGUGGGAAUCACCAUGCCCAGAUACUGUCUGUUUGGAGACACAGUGAACAUGGCAUCCAGAAUGGAAAGCAGCAGCUUGCCUCUCCGGAUCCACGUUUCUCAGAGCACCGCAGAAGCUCUUCUCGCAGCAGGAGGGUACCAUCUGCAAAAGAGGGGCACCAUUUCUGUCAAGGGCAAGGGAGAACAGACUACCUUCUGGUUGAAAGGCAAAGAAGGCUUCACUGUCCCACUCCCCGAGCUUACCGAGGAGGAAGAAGGCUGACGUUCCGGAGACCUUGUGAGGCGGGUAUGCUCUUUCGAGAUGUUUGUGGAGUCCCGCUAAUGUCUGUGGGGAUCCUUUUGGGGCAAUGCAGCCAGUAUCCAUCGCUCUGAAGAGGUGUAGUUCUGGGGCACUGGACUGAUCUCCCACUAGGGGACACUGUCUUACUGGUGUCCCCUCCUGCUGCAACCUUUGCUCCCAGACUUCUCCUAGUGUGCCUUGGAUGAGGUGUGGAUGUAGAAAUACGCAUUUCCUGGGACGGCUGGCCAGGGAGACUCAUGAACUUGCCUAGAAGAAACUAGGAGCCCCAAACAGAAAGCCCCCUCCCCUCCCCAUGAGCUCAAGACAGAAACUGUCCCAUGCGGGCAGGCUCAGAAGCCUGUGCCAGGUGGGUACAGGAACGCAGCCGCAUUGCGAGCUAGAUGGCCGGGUUUUCCACUCUGUGAGUGCCGUGGGUAAUACCCUGCUCACAAUUUAUUGCCUAUUUUCCCUACAUACCAAAUAACAUCUCUUGAAGCCAGGACUUGAAUUUUACCUGGGAUUUUCCUUUCAUUUAUGCAUGAAGAGCACAGUUUAAUACAUCUGACUGUGGAAGACGCGCCUGUCUGGUCCUGUGAUGACUAUUUCCUUUUUUGCACACAGGCACAAUUAAGUUCUGUGUUGAAUUGUCUGGGGACGAUUUUAAGGGACCUAUGGACCUACACUUCUUUCUCUGCGCCCUGCUCCUCCCCGGCCCACGUGGUUGGUAGGGAAUGCAGAGACCAUUGGGAUCAGACGCUGCUUUUGAAACCUUUUUUUCCUGAUGAAGUUCCCAAGAAUGGAGAAGUGAGACAAAUUAGAUUUUCUUCGUUGCUGGUGUGCACUGUGAACAAAUUUUUGAGUACUUUUUGAUCUACUGGGCACUUUCAUCUUUAUCUCAUAGUUUAAUUGGAAAGAGACAUUUUUUUAACAUUUUUGUGUUUGGUAUGACUUAGAAUUUGCAGCAGAUAUUACAAUGAGGGCCCUUCUCUUCCUCCCUCACAGAGAAGUCCUAAAGAAGAAAGGCUAACCAAACACUGUGUGGUUGUCCCAGUUAAACCUAGCAAUUGGCAAGGGAUACUGGAGUUUCACAGGCAGGGAUGGACAGGUGAUCUUACCCUCUCUAAUGUUAGUCACACAAGAUGGCUUUACCUUCCACAAGAUGGCUUUAUCUUCUUGCCUCUUGGUCUGUAAACUCCUGUCCUGGAGUGUUUGAGGUACAAAUGAUUGAAAGUGUGUGGAAUAUUUGGAUUAAUGAAGUCUAGAAGCACUUGGAAAAGUUGUAGAAUUGGCUUCUAUCAUAAUACACGAACAUGUAAACUGCAA